AUAAAACUAUAAAAGAUCUACGCGGUGGGGAAUUGGGGAUUUGAGAGCGCGGGAAAAAUACACACGCUAUACAUACUCUCUUCAACGUCUCAUCAGGGAGCAAAGUUUGUAAUGGAAGCCUCUUCGAUACACGAGCUAUGUCGAUAUUUUAUGUACCUGGCGAUUCAACGAUGCCGCCUGUUAGAUGAUCUCUGUAGAUUGUCUGUCUCUUUGAAAUCAUCUCCUCUCUCCGAUCCUCCUUUCGUCCGUAUAUCUAUUUCUGAUACUGGCGUUGGAAGUUGCUUGGAGGAGUUUCUGAAUAUAAAAAUCUCGCAGGAUCUCUUUUUGGACGAGACAUGGGAUGGAGUUAUUUCGGUUGCAACUACCAACAUUAGUGAUGAUAAGAUAUAUCACCAUAAUCUGAAUCUAAAAGGAGAUUUGUCCAUGCAAAGACUAACACAAUCACCUCCGGCCUCAAAAAAUGGUGCCAAGUUCAGCGGUACUGAAAUAUCACUGUCAACGUUGGAAACUGUUGACGACUUACUGGCUCAGAUCAUUCGCUAUCUUCAAAAGAUGCGAAUUUUGAUGAUUCCUAAGCUGGCUAUUGAAAUUGGAAUUGACCACGGUGAUCCUUCUGGUUCAAGAUAUGAAGAUAUUAUUCAAGCAAUUCAAUGUGUAUCGUUAUCGUCUGAUUCUAAUAUUGAAUAUCUGAAGUCAGGCCUCGAGGAUUAUGUUCUCAAGCAUAAUCAUCGUCUACAUAAUAUCUGCCACUCUUGCUUCCCAGAUCGAGAACAUCUAAAAGUUGGAACUGGGGUGGCUUGCUGCUCAAAAAGUGGUAGAAAUGCUGGACAAGUGUUGGAAGCUGUCAUAAUUAUUAGUCAAUUAUCAAAGUCGACUAGUCCUUCUUGCAUCCCCGUAUGCUGUGGAAAAACAGAGGUUUUAUAUUACAAAGACUUUUCACCUUGUUUGAUUUCAAGACCUUCCCUGAAUGCAUUGACAAGCAUUGAUUGGAAAAGUUAUGGCUUAACUUUGCGGAGCUAUUCAGAUGAAAAUAGUGAUGCUUUACUUGAAUGGGAGAAUUUACCACUGGGUUUCCAUAUUGAUAUUGUACUCCACCGUUAUCAAAAACAAUAUCCAUCAGCGAUCGUAAUGCUACCUGCAAAUCAAAAGGACACAACUGAGCGAAGUCUUACCAGAAAAGCUGUUAAACUUGCUCUAGACAAUUUGAAGGAGAAAAAUGCUGGUGUUCUUCUUACAGCACAAACACUGAAGAUUCGCAGUUAUGCACCUGAUCUUGCCAGAACAUUAGCAGGACUAAUUUUGUCUUCAAAUGAUUCAAACUUUCAAGGAGAAUGCCUUUCUCUUCUUGGCUUGCAGCCUCAAAAAAUAAAAUCUGAAGCUGUAGAAAAUUGUAUCAAAGAAAGGCUCCUUUCAGUUAUCGAUCUAAAUGAUAGAAAGCCACAGAGAAACCAAGAAGCUACUCCUUACCUUUUUGAUGAUCGCUUCUACAAGGAACACAACUGCCUAGAUGACUAUGAAGAAGGUGAGGAAGCUGAUAGUUCCUUAUAUCUAUAGGAAUCUUCAUGUACCUCAUGAGCACUUCAUCGAAACGUUAUGCUAAAUUCUGAUACAUGACCAGUUUGAUGCUAGUAGCAGCAAUAUGUGAUUUUUGAAGCCUUAUGAAUUACACAUCUAAUGGACAUAAAGGUACACAUUUGAGCCUCGUAUUUGUUUGUAGUCAUGCUGAACAUCUCUGACUUUAAUUAGCAUCGGUUGUUUUUUGACAAUUUUAGGUAAAUUAUUUUAGUUCCACGCAUUAGUAUUGUGGUUUGGUACAUACUUCAAGCACUGUAUGCCAGGGGUGUGUCUGUAUGGAAUUGGAAUAUUGAACAUUGUACUGCCUUUACUACGUAUUACAUCCAUUCCUGAGUUAAAGAUGUUUGUACAAUUAUAUUCCAAAAAUAAAUAAUGACCUUUUAGCUAGACAAUUUAAGAGUAUCAGAACAUAAACCUAUUUUACUUAGCUUCAGAACCCCCAAUACGGGUUCACUAUUCACUAGGUAGCAAGUCCAAGAGUGUCCUAGUGAUUGCCUUAUAUAUAUUAUAAAAUAUAGUGUCCUGGUAGUUUAUGACAUCAUUUUUGUACAUUCACUCCAACAAGAAUCCUUAUCCACAAGCCCUAUUAUCAAAAAAUUAAUAAAUUGAAUUUUAAGUGUGGAAAGAGAGGGGAUAAUAAUAUUUUAUUAUUAAGACUAAAACGAGGCUUGAGUAGGGCAGCCUUAAGAAUAAGGCAGAUGAAAGAUGUCCUAGCAAUUUAAGGCAUUUCUAGGACACUGUUGGAGCUUUUAUUUUUGUCAGUUGUCCUAAAUUUUGAUUUAGGACAUCAAAUAAGGCACCUGUUGGACUUGCUCAUUGGUGGACUGAUUUAGGUGCUGCUUAUGGGACAUACCGAGAAUUAUUAUAGUCUCCAAGUAAUUGUAAGCUAGUGAAAAGAAGAAAUAAAUUCCUUAUUUUAAUUCAGUGCGUGUUAGUGUGUUAAUCUGACUAUGGAGAUUUCUUCCCCUUCAUUAUUGUCUAGUAGCCUGUCAAUUUAUUCUUAUAUAUGCAAUUGCACAAUUUAUGUAUUUGAUUAUUAAUCUGAUACUUGAGAGUUAUAUAAAGGUUGAUCAUUUUAUGUGAGAUAAUAAGUUCAAUGUGGUCACUCAUAUACUGUAAUCUGCAGUAGUGCAACUACAUAUAAAUUGAGAUAUAGUAGUAGGUCUAUUAAAAUUUUGAGCAAUGAUUAACUAUACUUACAUAUCGAGGAUCUUUAUACAUUUUGUGAAGCCUCAUACCCAUAGUAAGAACAUAUAUCUUAGAAAAAGUAUUAGUGGGGUAGUCUUGGAGAAGUACUAGUAAUUUUAGUACACCAACUCCGAAAGCUCAAGAUUAUUCUUUCUAUCGAGUCUUAAGCAGUUAGAUGUGCAGGAGCAUAAGAAAUUGCAUGGUCUUGGACAGAAGCCAUCACAGAUAACCUCGAGCAUGUCUCUCCCUCUUGAGCAGAGUUCUCAGCCUUAAAGUCUAGUGUCUCAUCAUUGUAUAUAGCCCACCAUUUGGCAACCAACAUCUUGAUGUCUUCUCUGUCCAUGUUAGCUUCUUUGCCUGUGUACCUCCAUGGCUUUGAUCCCUAUUAUCAGCAAGUUGAACCAAACAGUAAGCAUAUGGACUGAUAAAUUGUUUUAAUUUAGUAUCACCCAGAAUAAAAUAUUAUUGGAGAAGAGAGCUUACAGCAGCACAAUAAUGUACAACUUUGACUUUUUCAAGCUCAACGUUCUCUGGAUGACGCCACAACAUUGCUAGAACCAGGUUGUAUGCUAGAGGAAUAGGCUUGUACAUGUGGUUAAAGAACAUGUUUAGGAAAUCCUAAGAACAGAAGAGUGGUUAGAUAAGUAAAAUCACUUCCUUUUUAUUACUGUUCUGCAUUUUAAUUUCAUAUAUGUGAUUUGAUGUUUAUUAAUUGUAUUUAAUAUUUGCAUGCAUGCAUAUACAUAUUUAUUGAGGUAUAUAAACCACUUACUUGCUCCGCAAAGGGGGUUGGUGCAGUAAUAACGAGAGUCUGAAGAAGGCUUUCAUAAACUAAAUGACUAGGUUCAAACACAAACAUCCCCGCAUUGAAGUACAAGGGAGGUGGACAACCCAUCUCAGCAGGCCAUUUUACUUUCUCUGGGCACUGCUGGCAAUACCCAACUGAAUACUGGGGGGAAUGGCUCCACGUCUUCUCACAGAAGCAAUCCAUUACAGCAUAAAAGUACCCAUCCGGCGUGUCAAAUAGAUGGUCGAUGUUUUCAAACACUUGGAUGUCGGCAUCAAGGUAAACCAUCUUGUUGUAGUCGAACUGAAAAUAUAUAAGCAUGUAUAAAAUAUUGAUAUGAUAAGUAAUUUUAAGAUGUAUUACUGAUGUAUAAGUGAUACUGGUUACUUACAUUCCAUAUACGGAGUUUUGAGUAGUUGAUCACAUAAUAGGCCAUUGCAAACUCAAUCUGGUUUUCUGGUGGAUAGAUGGGCUCUAUUUCUUGUAUAAUGCAUCCCUGAGACCUUAAUAACUCACGGUGUUCUUGAGGAACGUCUGGCAACAUUGCUACCACAAGAGGGUAUGCACUUUUCACCUUCCUUAAACCCUUGGCCAGUCCGACUACCCCUUUGACAUAGUCACCGUUACCUGCUAAAAAUGUCACGUAGGCCCUCUUCUUGUCCCCUGCUUUCUGAGUAGGUGACUUUCUGCUACAAGUAAGGGUGUCCACUGGUACUCCUGGAGCCAUUUUGUAGCUUUGGAAGCUCACUUAAUGGUACAGAAACAACAAAGUUUAAUGCUAACUUAUGUAUUGAGGAGUGUGGGGAAAAUAAACCAACAACUCUAAAGUUGCUACUCUACCUGCCUUUGUUCCUAGGUUCUAGAGUGAACACUUAAGGCUUAUUAUAUAGGGUUUAAAUGGAAAUCAAAUGCACACAAAUGAACUUCAAAUGAGAUUCAAAUACUAAUUUGAUGUCUUUAUCAAAUUUCUUUAUAUAAAUAAUUUAUGUGAGAAUUA